CGAAAAAGCGAAUUGCUCCGGCUUUUGUUGUUGUUUUUUCUGCUGCCUCUGCUGCUGCUGCUUUCGUGCCGGUGUCUCGCGCUCUCUUUCUAACUGUUCCUGUGCUUUCACGUGUGUGUGUGAGUGUGUUUUGCCUGUCAUCCUGCCUGUGUGUUUUGUGUUUUGUGACUGUGUCCGUGUGUCGGAGCAGACAACAAAAGAAAUUGCGCUCUCCGCAGCCGUCUCCUCCACUCCCGCUCUCCUGCCUAGUUACCGUUACUUGCUGCACUGCCAAAAAAAAGCAACAAAAAUACGAAUUUUGAUAGAAAUAAUUUAUACAUUUUUCGAAGAGAAGAAUUCAAUUCCAAUCGACAACAAAGAUGGCCUUGAUAAAAAACUGGCAAGGCAAUUGGGCCUGAUUGAGACCAUCUACGUGGAGGGAGCUCGCCCUGAUCCUGCCAACGAUCCUGAGGAGUCGCUGAACGAGGCAGACAUCACAGCUCCCGCCAACGCAGUGCCCAUCAAGACAAAGAAGUCGCGCAAAUCCAAGCAGUUGGCCAUGCAGCCCUAUACCUAUGCCAUUUCCGUCGACUUUGAGGCCACCUGCUGGGAGAAGCAAGCCCCGCCACAAUGGAGAGAGUCGGAGAUAAUUGAAUUCCCAGCCGUUUUGGUCAACCUGAAAACGGGCAAGGUCGAGGCGGAGUUUCACACGUACGUGAUGCCCUUGGAGUCGCCACGCCUGAGCAAUUACUGCACCGAGCUGACGGGCAUUCAGCAGAAGACAGUGGAGGCGGGUGUGCCACUGCAGACGGCACUCAAUAAGUUCUGCGAAUGGCUGCGAAACGAGUUGCGUGUCCGCAACCUGGUGCUGCCAAAGGUGAACAAAUCCAAUAUACUGGGAAACUGUGCCUUUGUCACCUGGACGGACUGGGACUUUGGCAUUUGUCUGGCCAAGGAGUGCACACGCAAGCGGAUACGCAAGCCAGCCUGCUUCAAUCAGUGGAUAGACGCGAGGGCCAUAUACAGGGAAUGGUACAAGUACCGUCCCUGCAACUUCGCCGAUGCCCUGUCCCAUGUGGACCUGACUUUCGAGGGACGUGCACACUCUGGCAUCGAUGAUGCCAAGAAUCUGGGUGCCCUCAUAUGCAAGAUGGUUCGUGACGGAGCCCUCUUCUCGAUCACCAAAGAUCUGACGCCAUAUCAGCAGCUCAACCCGAACAGUGGCCUCUGAGCUGCAACGAUCAGAGCUCAGGGGUUAGCCAUCAGCCAUCCCUCCAAGCGAGCAGAAAGAGAACAAGAAAAACAGAAAACAAAUCCAUUUUUGUAUGGGAUUCUAUUUAAUAUAAAAUACCAGAACAACAAACCAACCCAAGGACAUGGAGGAUGUGCCUAAUCUGACCACAAACGUAAACAAAAGCUACAGAAGUUUCUUGUUUUUAUUUUGUAUUUUAUCUUUAUUUCUUGUAACAGCAAUUGAUAAGACUUGAAAUUUGAUGUGCGAUCGCAAUCGCAGUUGCAUCUGCAUAAGGGGACUGCAGCUGAAUCCCUACUGCUACACAGCAGGAGUACAUCUAAACAUCUACACAUAGCUAUAAAUAUGGCCUUAGAGCAUACAUAUUUUUCUACCAUUCAUACUUACUUGGUAAUGCUUAGCCGUAGUCUAUAAUAUGGAAUGCAAUACUUAUUUUAACGACUUACACCGCCUACCACUAGGUCAUAGGGCAUAAAGUAAUAAUAAAACGACAAUAGCUGCAUA